GCGGAGCUUGCGCCGAGGACCCGAGCGGGAGGCUCACGGCGGCCGCGUGAACCAGAGACGCGCGGGUCCGAGUUCCCCGCGCAGGUCUCGCCGUCAGGGUUCGCAUUCGGCUUGCUCAGACUGAAGCGCUCAUGACAGAGCUAUAAGGAGGAGAAAAUCUGUUCCGCUGAGCCCGGGCCGUCCCGGAAAUGCGAUGGCUGUGGAGCGGGCACCGGAGACCAGACUGAGGUGGGAGUCACCGCAGGGGGUGCAACCCGCUUACGAGGCGGUCUUCGCCUCGACCUAGUCGACCCAGCAUCUCCAAAAUAUCGAGCCCAGACCUCGCUUAAUAAGACGUUUGUCCUGUGAGUGAAGAUCCCAGAGCAUCCCGCACCACUACAUGGGCGGGAAACUGAGGCAGGCACCGACCGGGCUGGCGCAUCUGCUCCGUGGGAAUCCGUUACGCAUACGUCAUACCCAUGUGUCAUAGGUCUUUUCCCGGCUCAUUUCACUCCAUUCAGAACUCAGGUCUACAACUAUUCCCCGCUGUGUUUCAAAUCAACCUAUAUUCUCCUGUGAGAUACAGAGUUCUGGAGGCCACAACUGAAAAUGACAUACCCCACCUCAGUGACCCUUCAGCCAAAGGCAUGACAGCUCAGGCACACACAUGGACUUGUUGCACACAGAAAUGUGUGCACAGGAAAAGGAGAUCUCUAGUUCUUUAGAAGAAAGAAGUCAUUCUUCACCAAGAUGGGCAUAUUCUGCUCAGUAAUCAAGUUUGAAAAUCUUCAAGACUUAAGGAGACUGUGUCAUUGGGGUCCCAUCAUAGCCCUGGGUGUUAUAGCAAUAUGUUCCACAAUGGCCAUGAUCGACUCUGUCUUGUGGUAUUGGCCCUUACAUACAACUGGAGGAAGUGUGAACUUCAUCAUGUUGAUAAAUUGGACCGUCAUGAUUCUUUAUAAUUACUUCAAUGCCAUGUUUGCUGGUCCUGGCUUCGUCCCUCGGGGGUGGAAACCGGAAAAGUCUCAGGAUAGCAUGUAUCUCCAGUAUUGUAAAGUCUGCCAAGCAUACAAGGCGCCACGUUCACACCAUUGCAGAAAGUGUAACAGAUGUGUAAUGAAGAUGGACCACCACUGCCCCUGGAUCAACAACUGCUGUGGUCACCAGAACCACGCCUCGUUCACGCUCUUCCUCCUGUUGGCCCCUCUGGGCUGCACUCAUGCUGCUUUCAUCUUCGUGAUGACAAUGUACACACAGCUUUAUAAUCGGCUCUCCUUUGGGUGGAACACAGUCAAGAUUGACAUGAGUGCAGCCAGGAGAGAUCCACCUCCAAUUGUUCCCUUCGGAUUGGCUGCGUUUGCCGCCACCUUGUUUGCCUUGGGAUUGGCUUUGGGAACAACCAUAGCUGUUGGGAUGUUGUUUUUCAUACAGAUAAAAAUUAUUCUCAGAAACAAAACUUCUAUUGAAUCAUGGAUUGAAGAAAAGGCUAAAGAUCGCAUUCAGUAUUACCAACUGGAUGAAGUCUUCAUUUUUCCUUAUGAUAUGGGAAGUAAGUGGAAGAACUUUAAACAGGUGUUUACAUGGUCGGGAGUUCCUGAAGGAGAUGGACUUGAGUGGCCAAUACGAGAGGGCUGUGACCAGUACAGCCUCACAAUAGAACAGUUGAAGCAAAAGGCAGACAAGAGAGUCAGAAGUGUUCGCUAUAAAGUCAUAGAAGAUUACAAUGGUGCCUGCUGCCCUUUGAAUAGAGGAGUGAGAACCUUCUUUACGAGCCCCUGCACUGAGGAGCCUCGGAUCCGGCUGCAGAAAGGAGAGUUCAUCUUAGCAACGAGAGGGCUGCGAUACUGGUUGUAUGGAGACAAAAUUCUUGAUGAUUCCUUCAUAGAAGGUACUUCAAGAGUAAGAGGGUGGUUUCCUAGAAACUGUGUGGAAAAGUGUCCCUGUGAUGGUGACUCAGAUCCAGCCCCAGAGGGGGAGAAGAAGAACAGAUAGCCACUGUUAAAGUGAGAUCACUAAGUCUUCAUUACUUGAAAAUCCACAUGUAGUACCUGAGAAUUAUGCAACGAGCCUACUCUGCUUAAGGUAUUCUUUUCCUCAAAGAUGCCCUAGUGCCAUGACUUCAGAAAUGUUUAUUACCGUUUUGAAACAGAAGCCAUUCUGCAUAUGCCUUUGAAUUCCUGCCGUCUUUCCACUUCUUCCUACUGAAGCAAGGCCGUUCCAGCCCAGUGAGCAACUUGCCCUUUCUGUGUGCUGCACAUCUGACUUCCCCUGCAGGUCUAAUUCCCCACUGGACAGGAGCAUCUUGCAUGUGGUUACUCUGUUUCUUCCUCAGUUGACAUUUCCUUCAUAAUCUUCUAGAGACUGUAAAACUUGUCAGAUUCAAUAUAAACUCAAAUUUGGUUACUUUUAAUAAUACAGAUUUUUGUCAAAUCCAAUAAAGGUCAAUGGAUGUUCUGUAAAAAUUAUAGUUUUCACCAAAAAGCA